AUGCUGGACCUCGAAUGCGUAGCAGUUGAGGCCCACAACCCGGCUCUAAUUGAGCUGGGUGCUGUGCAUUUUGAUAUCGUCACUGGCGCUGAGCUAAGAAGCCUCAAGACCCCGAUCAGUUUACAAUCCUGCCUGGACCACGGGCUUCUCUCAGACGACGACACAAUUUCGUGGGUUGAACGAAACAUCCCACAAACCCUAGCUACUAGCAAGACGACUGCCAUUACGUUGGAGUAUGCACUCUUCAAAUUCUCCAAUUUCGUUCGAAGUUGUGUCGCUGCCACGAAGAAGACUUUGCGAGAACUCGGCCGGGAUCCAGAGUUCUGCCAAGCUAAGAUCUGGGGUAAUGGCGUUAUUGCGGACAAUGUUUGGAUCAAGAGUGCGUACCGGGCUUGUAAUAUAGAGAGGCCGUGGAAGUUCACUGGCGAUAUGUGUGUGAGAACGAUGGUCAACUCUACUUCGUCGAUCACAGGACGUGAUUAUACGAGAGAGGUUGUGAGGCAAGGGAGGCAUCACGAUGCGUUGGACGACUGCAGACAUCAAGUCAAAUAUUUGGUUCUUGCGAUGAAUUCAUUGGCUCCGAAAGAGACGCCCAAGAAGACUGUUGAGCCUGGGAAGCCCAUCACCCGUAAU